UCUACUUUCUAGUGUUUUGUCUCGAUCUCUCUCACUUACUCACUCGACCGUUCCUCCAAACAUAAUUCAAAUUCUCAUUUUUCGAAAUCUCUAAGAAUAGGAAUAUUCCGGCGUCGAAAUCGAGAAACAUCCAACCUCUCCGGUAACAAAUGGGUUGCGUUUCAUCGAACCUCCUAAAUCACGACGAAGAUUUCCCUCAGAUCGGCGGCAGCUCCGCCUUCGGCCACCACAUCGUCAAGCUAACCUCCACUACUUACGGUCUCCUCACUCUCGAUCCUCCCUCUUCUCCACCUACGACGCCGCCUCAGAAAUUCACCACCGGUACGGACACAAAGUCAUUCUUGUCUGAGCCGGAGGUUAUCAACUCGUGGGAGCUUAUGUCUGGUCUCGACGGCGAGAGCUUCCGCUUCACUCCUCUCCCGAAGACUCCUCCGGUGAAGUACAAAGUCUUCGGCGGAGACAACAAAGAGAAUUCAGAUCCUAACCGGAAAAUUCCGACAAAAUCAUUAAGCAAAGAGGUUCUGAAACCGUUAGAUCCGAAACCGUCGGAGAGGUUCGAGAGGAUUUGUCCUGCAGGAGGAGAGAAUCGCGUGGUGAUCUACACGACGUCGUUGCGCGGCGUGCGUCGGACGUUCGAGGAAUGUAACGCCGUGAGAGCCGCGGUGGAGGGGUCCGGUGUAGUGAUCUGCGAGAGAGACGUGUCGAUGGAUAGAGGAUUCAGAGAAGAGCUCACAACUCUGAUGGCCAAGAGGGCUGGUAACGACAAGGCUUCUGCAUUGCCGCCAAGGGUGUUUGUGAAGGGAAUGUACAUUGGUGGAGCAGAGGAAGUGUUGAGAUUAGUGGAGGAAGGUGUUUUCGGGGAGAUGGUUCGUGGGUUGCCGAGUAAGAAAGCCGGAGGAUGCCGCCGCGGCGGCUAUGGAGAUGGUGCUUGUGAUGGAUGCGGUAGUUUGUUUUUCUUGCCGUGUUUCAGGUGUAACGGAAGCUGUAAAGUUGUGAAAGGAUGGGGCAGCUCCGCCGUUGUAGUGAGGUGUACGGAGUGUAAUGAGAACGGUCUUGUUCCAUGUCCGAUUUGCAGCUGAGUGAGACUUGAGUGAGAAUACUCUCUUUGAUUUCAUCUGUUAGUCUCUGAAAGUUAUGGAUGUAACAGAGCAAAUAUUGUUUCUCACAUUAUGUAUAAUUCAAUACAAGUCCUUUGA